AUGGUGGUCUAUGUGGAAAACGGCUGUGUCAAACCACAAACCUCAGCCAUGUUUGCACUUACAACAGUAAAAGAUCUGCAGAGCUUUCCAGAGCUUUGCUGUCUGGAUCAGCGCAAUCCGACCGCCUGGACUCAGGGUCGCAGCUCUUCCAGAGCGGAUGGAGGAAAGUUGGCCGUGGCGGCCGUAGCUCUGCAGGACCACAUCACCCGCAGCGUCCCACAUCUUCACAACCUCACUGUCUCAGGUUCUGUUGGCCGAGCCGUAUGUCCAGCAGCGUCCACUAGACCCCUCAGAGCCCAGCAGCACAGAGAGGCUGGACAUACGCUGGGGGAAGAGAGGGAGUACAUGCUGGACCCGGAUCCCCCACCACUCACACUUGCCCAGCGGCUUGGUUUGGUGGCAGCUCCUGCAAGAAGACUGACCGCAGAGGAGUGGACAGAGGUGAAGUCAAGGUCUCUACAGGAAGGAGACUCUACCCAGCCCUGCGUCAUCUGCACAGAGGAGUUUCGCCUUCUGCCACAAGUUUUGCUGUCCUGCUCACACGUAUUUCACAAGGCCUGUCUGAAGUCCUUUGAGCGGUUCUCGGGCAGAAAGUGCUGUCCCAUGUGUCGGAGGGAGCAGUACGAGACCAGAGUGAUCCAUGAUGGAGCGAGACUUUACAGAGAGAAAUGUGCCAUCAGGAUCCAGGCCCGCUGGCGUGGCUUCGCUGCCCGUAAGUGGUACAGAAACGUGAGGAAACUCGUGCCCCCCCACGACCCCCGCUUAAGACGGCAGUUCUUUGAGGCGAAGUUUCAGGAUCUGAACGACAGCUUGGUUCGGUCCUGCUGCAGCGACGUCGAGGAGUUCCUGUGUGAUGUUGACUGCAGCGUAGCCGCCAGCCGGGAUGUUUUCCGUCUCUUUGAACAGCAGCGAAUGAACGGCCAGGGGAUGGAGGAGGAGGAAGAAGAAGAGUGGCUGGAGGCUCAGGAGAAGGCUGUCCAGCGAGAUGUUUCAGACUGUCCCAUCUGUCUCACUCCACUGCACUCGCCCAGCGGCAGACGCGUCCUCCUGCUCUCCUGCUCCCACCUCUUCCAUGAACCCUGCCUUCAAGCUUUUGAACGGUUCUGUGUGGAGGGAACCGCCACCUGCCCGCUCUGCCGCCGCCACUACACCGCCAGGCCUGCGCAGGGCGCCAACACUUAUGACUCCAAAUGA